AUGGGUUCGAGUAUCGCAAGCUCUCCCUGUCCGGCCUCUCGCCUGCGUAGCAACGGCAAUUUACAAAGUACAUCCUCCGCCGCACCGCAACAUGUCUCCAGCACGUCCCAAGGCAACAGCACGCACGACCCAAUACCCUCCUCGUGCGACGACACCACCGAGGCCAAGGAAAACACUCCGCCGGAGCGCGCUCUUCCUGCAUCGUCGGUGAUGCAAAGCGGAGUUGUGCUAAAUGCGGAUGGGAAGAGUAGCAGUGCAGUUCGCGAGCAUUGA